AUGACGGAGAUAGUCGAAGGCGCGAAGGAGCGAGCGGAGGAGUUAGAAGCGCAGGUGAAGAGGCAAGGCGAGGCCAUGGCAUCUCUGAAGCGAGAGGUGGACGAAAUGAGGCGCGCGAUGGCGAAGGGGGCGCUGGAGACGAUGGGAGCGGCGGAGAACCACGACGCUGGCAGUGCCGCGGCAGGAAAGGCAGGAGAGGACGUGGACGGCCUUCCAGCACAACCGGCGCCGAAGGGCGAGGCGCUUAUGGCCCUGGUGGAGGCCAUGAUCGCGGCGCGGGUGAAGGACGAGGUUGAGUCGCAAGUGCAAGGAUUGAAGGAUCAGCUGGAGGCCGUGAUACGCGAGGCGAGGGACGCGGCGAGCGAGCUUAGCUCUUCCGCUGCCACUACUCGUUCUUCUACUUUCUCUUCGAGCUACGGCGCCACCGUCGCUAUGGCGGGCUAG